AUGGAUACUAGGCUGUUGGAGCCGUUGACAAACCCGUUAUUUUUGUUCCACUCAUCCAUGUGCCGCCGCAUGGCCUUAGCUGCUCCCCUCGGCAGGCCAUCCGGCUGGGAUCGUCACCCUAAUCUUGCCUGCCUGCCCACAUCCAGCCCUGGGGCACACCACGAAAGUCCCCACGGUUGCAACGAAUGAAUAAGGAUUACAAGUGUGAGAGGCGGGGAAAGAAAGAAGGAAGAAGAGGAAGAAAAAAAGCAAAAAAAGAUGGGUGGAUGGAAAAGGGAUAGAGCCGUGCCGCGAAAACAUCCGAUGGGCCUCUCAGAGUUCGAGAGAGCAGCGCGUUGAAACAUUUCCCA